UUUGUUGCCUUUCUCGAGACGCUCACAGGCAUCCGCGAUCUGAUGAUUGACCGACGCAUGUUUGGUGGUGGCGUCUUCUCGAUCACAAACGGCGGCUUCCUCUCUCUCCACACCGACUUCAACCAGCACCUGCAGUGCUCGGAGAAAAAACAUCGGGAGCUGUCCACCCAGGUCCCUCCCGGAUGCACAGUGGCGACACCGGGCUGGCGAAGGAUCAACGUCCUCCUCUACCUCAAUCAGGAUUGGCGCGAGGAAUGGGGCGGCUCGUUCGAGCUUUGGCGGACGGAUGGGAACUACUCGUUCCUCGACUACUACGCCAAGGUGUUGCCUCAGUUCAAUCGGGUCGUUAUUUUUUCUGUCACGGACACCUCCAUCCACGGCCAUCUUGACCAGAUCAACCACCCGCUUGGUGACACGCGCAAGUCUCUCUCAUUCUACUACUACACG